AUGUUUUACGACCUAAAUGUCGACUACAAUCCGUCGACCAGCGACGCUGAAUUGUCCAAGACUCUGGCCUUUCUCAGCGAGUGUGAGCGCAUUCACUCGACUUUCUCCUGUGCGAUUCCAGAUCCUCUACCGUUCAAGACGCCCGCUUCCUUGACCAUCCUCCGUCGCUGCACUUUGAUCCUCUCCGAAUCAGCUACCAACAACCGUCUGGGCGCCCUGUCGAACAACUACGACAUCCUCGCCUUACGUCCCGUCGAUGAGAAGACAUUUCAACAUGCCUGCGGAACUGCCGAUUGCGACCUAAUAUCUCUCGACCUCACUCAGCGUCUGGGCUACCACUUCAAGUUCAAGACCGUGUCCGAGGCAGUCAAGCGCGGCGUCCGCUUCGAGAUCGCAUACAGCCAGCCUCUGCUGGCUGAUCCUGCCGCCAAACGCAAUCUCAUCAGCAAUGCGACCGGCUUGAUUCGCGCAACCAGAGGUGGUCGUGGCAUAAUCAUCAGUAGCGAGGCCACCAAGGCUGUCGGCUGCCGUGCACCCUGGGAUGUCGUCAAUCUGGCUGCUAUCUGGGGACUCGCUCAAGAUCGCGGCUACGAGGCUGUCAGCAAAGAGGCCAGGAGUGUCGUAGUCAGUGCGAAGUUGAAGAGGACCAGCUUCAGAGGCGUGGUAGAUGUCGUAUACGGAGGCGAAAAGCCUACAGCCCAAGAACAGCAUGAGAAGAAGGCUCAGAAAGAUAAAACAAAGGUUGCCCAGCUCAAGGACAACGGUGCGAAGAAGAGAAAGGCCGAUGAGGUGGAGGACACGACUACAGAUGGCUCGGAGAAGCCCCUCUCAAAGCGAGAGCAAAAGAGAAGGGCCCACAAGGCUAAGACGGAGAGUCUAGGCCAGACUAAUCCUCCGGCACCAUAA